UCUUAGAUGGAGCCCAGUGAGUCGGCCGGGAGCUGCCUGCUCCCGGGGUGACGGGGCCGGAGAGGCCACGGUUGGGAACCCCCUCCCCCUUCCUCCACAGCCCCCUCUCACGUCCCCGCCCCGCGGACCAUGGAUCCAGAAGCCCCCUCGGUUUUAGGAAGCUGAAGAUGACAGAUGCCGGAGCUCUCCUGCAUCAUGGCUUCCUCAAAGCUCCGAGACACCGAGGAGGUUUUUGACCUGGACUCAGUGAUCCCAGAGACAGUCAGACUGGACAGCAGCCUGCAUAAGGCCCGGGCCCAGCUGCUGGCCAAGGGCAGGCGCCACCGGCCAUCUCGUUCUCGGCUACGGGACAGUGCCAGCUCAGCUGAAGAGGGCGAUGGCCCAGAAGGGCCAGGGGUCAAGGUAACGGAUGGCUGUGGGAGCCCCCUCCACCGAUUGCGCUCGCCGCUUCAUUCCGGCCCGGGGUCUCCCCCUGGGGGGCCCUUCACCUUGGAGCCCCCAGGAUUGCGGCGGAGCCUGGACGAAGACGAACCACCGCCCUCACCCCGCACCCGCUACCGGCCCCUACACAAUGCGGCCUCCCACGAGGCUCUCGCUGCUGCCUCCUCGUCACCCCCACGCUCAGCGCCCAGCUCUGACAGCUCCCCCAGUUUUGUGCGACGGCACCACCGGGCUGAGCCACAGAGCGAAGAUGACAGCCGAGAUGCCAGUCCCUCUGAACCGGCCAGUCCUACUACUGGCCUGGACAAGAAAACUCGUCGAAAAUUUUUGGAUUUGGGAGUUACUCUGCGGAGGGCAUCAACAGGCAAGAGCAGGAAGGAGAAAGGGAGCAACCGACUGUCCAUGGGCAGCAGGGAGUCAGUGGAAGGCUCUGGCAGAGCAGGUGGCUCCCCAUUCCUGCCCUUCUCCUGGUUCACAGACAGCAGCAAAGGUUCUGCUUCUUCUGGGAGCACUGCUUCCCCAGCCUGCUCUCCCAAGCAUGAAGGAUUCAGUCCCAAGAAAUCAGCUUCUCAGGAAUCCACCCUGAGUGACGAUGACUCCACACCCCCCAGCAGUAGCCCUAAGAUACUGAGCAGCUCCCGACCAGAUCCCAAGUGCUCCUACCCUUACCACACACUCUCCCAGUCCUCUGAUGAGUUCCUGGAUGAGCAACUUCCAACUGCCAACCACUGGACUAGUCAACAAGUGGGCCAGUGGCUAGAGAGUCUCAAUUUGGAUCAGUACACUGCCGAGUUUGCAGCUAGACAAGUGGAUGGACAGCAGCUGUUGCAACUGGAUGGGGGGAAACUGAAGAGCCUGGGGCUCAGCAACUCCCACGACCGGGCACUGGUGAAACGGAAGCUAAAGGAGUUGGUGGCAGCAGCUGAGAAAGAGAGAAAGGCUCAGGAGAAGGCUGAACGGCAGCGGGAGAAACAGAAGCGCAAAGAGGCUGAGGCUCGAAAAAGCUAGAGGCUCCCAGGCUAAGAGCACAGACCAUGCAUGACUCCCUGCCUGCUGGGGCAGGGGAGCCCUCAUACUCUACUUCCCUCAGCCCAGGGGGAGGGAGGAAAAACCACAGGACCUCUGGAAGAAAGGGGGAAUGAAGGAGUGAAAGCUUGGACCAGCCCCAAAGUCCCACCCCUUAGGGGCACACAUUCCCAUCCAGACCCCUCUCAGUACCCCUGUCCAAACCCCAAGAAGGGACCCCACUAAAAGGGGGUUCUCUGGGGAAGAAGAAUAAAUCCUAUUUCAAAGACAUGUUUGGCAUUGAGUUGAGGAUAGGAACAUCUCCAAAGUCCCCAAACUCUAAGGAGUUAAGAAUAACCCAGGGAGAAGAACUAGGGGUUAAAUUGGUGCCCCAUAUUACAAACAUAUUGUUGGUUGGGGUGGUAACAGGACCAGGUUAUUACUCCUGUUUCUGACUUAAGGUUACUCUUGGGGGGAGGGAGGGAUCUUGAAGGAAAAUGGCUUGAAUUGGUCCUUGAAUGACUUCUGCAUCCAUGAAGAGGUCUACACUCCUCCCCGGAAGGGAAGAUAUAGACAGUAGGAAGAAAGAUCAAGGAUAAACACCAAGCCAGAAAAACAGAAAAUUCAGGGAAUCUUCUUUAAGAGACCUUAAAAUGCUUAAGGAGUUUGAGGGGAAGAGAUGUGUUCUCUCCCAUUUUCUGACACCUGAGCUAAGAAGGGUUACUACAUCUUCGCCAGCCCUCUCUUUGGUGCCCCUGAGCUUUCACUCCCAGCUGAGCUCUACUCUGACUUAGGAUUCAAAACCAACCCCUUGGCUUUUAUUUCCUCUUCCUCCCAGGGAAGGUGAUGGUGGGGAGAGGACACCUGGGCCCACUCUGAGGACAGGGCAGUAUCCCAAUACUCCGUUAGCCAAGGCUGAGCUGUAAAUAGGGAGGGGCUGAUCAAAAGUUAGAGGGCAAAGAUAGAACGUAUUCCUUCAACACACAGAAGCAAUUGAGCUUUGCAUCUAGCUAACAAAAAUAACUUGCUACAACAGGAAGUUAUCAGAUGUGAACUUCUUUAACCCCACUCCCCUCGCUCCAGGUGAGUUCAUGCCCAGUCCAGCCCCAAAGUGCUCCUUUUGGUGUCCCAAGGUCUGUUUUCCCUGUCCCCUCGGGGGUCUCUUCACCCACAAAGUCUUGUGUCUCAAGGUCCAAAGCUCUCCAUGCGGUGUUCCCCAUUGACUGUCUUUUAAAAAGUUAGUCUAAGAGCUCACUCAUUGUUAGCAAAGUUGCUGUAAAGGGCCCAGCCCCACCUUAAGGGCUGUUGGAUCACACCUCAUAAUUUCCAGGGUCUCCCUUCUGAGGGAGGGUUAAAUCAGGGAACUUCAGAGGGGAAGUGAUGGACGCAGCCAGCAGAGGGCACCAAAGUGCCCUCAGGGAUGGGCAGGGCCCAGUCCUUCCCUCAGGGUGGUGGGGGGGAGGAUUAAUAGCUCUUGUGGCAAAGUGCCAAGAACCAGCUUCUGCCCUUGUUAGGAAAUGUCACAGUGUAAUGACAUGGGCCAAGCAGUGGACAUCUCCCUCCCCACCCUGGUGCCCCAAAUGCUCAAAGUCUUCAUUCAAGACCCAUGGACAUUGUUAUCUCUCCUCUAGGACCCAGUAGCAGGUCUGAGACAGGAAUGUCUAAGAGAGAAAUGGAGGUUUCUUCUCUCUCCUGGGAGACUAACCAGCAUAGAUCUGGAAUCGCAGAAGACUCCCCCUUUAGACUCGGAAAACUUCAUCCAAACAGCUGAUGGCUGUGUCCCCUGCCUGGGCUACUCAUGCUCCACCUGGUUCUGGGGGACUGGUCUUUAAAGGUGGGGGGGGGUUACUUGCCACAUAUUGCUACCUACCCUGACUCAUGAUCUCAGUUCCUGCUCUGAUAUUCUCUUCCCUCCCUUAAAGGAGUGGUAAGGGAAAAGAUAGCAAGACCUGGAUUUGAAUUCUUCCCUUACUGUGUAACCUUGGACAAAUCACUGAACACCUUGAACCUUAAUUUGUUAAAACUGGUGAUGGGGGAGAAGAGUGAGUAGAACUGGAUGAUUUCUAACAUUCUUUUCUCCUUGGAAAGGAGGCAUUAAAAGUAUGGGUGAAAAGGGCCUAAAUAUUACUACUGGGGUGGGUACCGCACAUAAGGAACACAAAAAAAUAGACUAUGUAUAGGAAAGCCUCACUUCAGGCCUAGGUGACUCUGCCAAGGUCAUGCUCAUGAGAUAGUGGUAUUGUGGGAAAAUAUUAGUCAGAGGGCCUGGGUUCAAAUACGAGGUCUGUUAUGGUGUGACACCUGGGGAAGACUUUUCCCCUCUAUAGGCCUCAGUUUCCUCAUUUAUUAGAUGAGGGGUUUUGAUUAGAUAUUCCCUAAAAGUUCUUCCAGCUUGGACAACUCUCCAGUUCUGCACAGAUAACGAAGGCUGACGUGCACGUUCAAGACAGCAUAUUGGAACCGUUUGCCAAAGUGUAGGCCAUUGGUAUUGUGUAAGUGAUGGGUAUGACCUAGAUAGUGGACCUGUUAACCAUCUUAAGACUAUUUUGUGUGUGUUUCAGGGGGUUGCGGGUGUGACAUAUUCUGUAUAUAAAAGGGUUUAUGUCUGUUAUAGGACAUCAUGAGACGUA